AUGGCAGGGGCAAUCUUGUCGACUGAGCGCCGAGGCCGGGAAAUCGAGCACAAGCAGGAUAGGGCAGCCUCUUCGAGGGUGGUUCCCCGCUGCCGUUCUCGCUGCACGAGGGGAACCCCGAUCCCUGCGCGACUCAGCACUACAAGCAGCGGCAGUGUCGGCACGAGCACGCGAAAACGGGAGAGUGAGGUGCCUGAUCCUCACUGUGACAAGGAGAACUCAUGUUGCAACGUAGCCGGGGUAGAUAGUGGUGCAGCCACCAGUCCCAGCAGCGCUUGCAGUGCAAAUACCGGCAGGCCACCUAAGCUUCAACGCAGACUUACCAGCAAUGCUUCAGCCAUGCAUGGUGCGCCAACAACUCAUGGCUCACAUGACAGAAAGGGAGAUGAUUCCGGAGGGGACAGCGGGGCACCACGACUGCAUCGCGAGUUAAAAGGGCUAAUUCACGCGAUGCCUUUGAAAAGCCGCCGCGUUUCUGCAUACUUCCCUGACUGGAACCUCAAACAAAAACUUGAUUACCUGCUGAAGAUGGGCGUGGUCGCGACAACUAAAGUAAACGAGAGCGAGGAGGUCCAUACACUCAGCAUCUGCAGCCAGUUCGCAGAAGAAAAUCACUUGGCGCUGCUCCAAGACAGUGACAGGGUGUCGCAUUACAGAAAGGCGAUGCACUGGGUAGGAGAUCCUUCUAGUGGAGGCAAGAAACUAGUAGAAGGACGUCGAGUGCUCGAAAUUGGCACGGGUCCGAUAUGUUUACUCUCCAUAAAUGCAGUAAAUGCAGGCGCCAAACACGUUGUGGCCCUAGAGGCAUCUCGCCCUUCCCAUUGCCGGGCCAAGAAGUUUGUAGAGGCGAUUGGGAUGAGCCACAAAAUCGAUAUCGUGCACGGCUACUCCAAGCGUAUCCCGGUUGAGCUGUUCAAGAAACCGGAAGUGGUGAUACAUGAAAUCAUUGGCGACUUCGCUUCUCAGGAGGGGGUUGCAGAUGCCCUUCUGGACGUGCAGGAACGCACAGGCUCCAUUCCUUUAAGCAUUCCAUUUGGCGCGGAAACUCUCAUUUGCCCGGCCAGUUUGCCGGAGCCCGAGCAUUUCCUUUAUCCUGCGCAUUCUUACGAAGGCCGGAGUAUUCUCUCUCCGCGUCGAAUUCUUCUCCAAUCCGUACGGUUGAACACAAGCCAUCUGUUGUUGAGUGAAGAGUUUCAAGCAUUUGAGACGCUGAAGUUCCAAAGCCCCAUGAAAAAUCAGAUGGAGCAGAGGAAGACGCUCAAGUUUGUGAUAAGCAAACCUGGUUCCAUGGCGGGGCUUCUCACUGUCAUCAAGAUUGAAAUAUACCCUGGGACAUUCUUUGGGACCUUCCGAAAUGGGGAGACGGACUCGUGGUAUACAUCGUUGGUAUUGCUGCCAGAGGAGGUGAAGGUAGAGCCGGGAGACGUUGUCAGCGUUGAGUCGUGUUCGGACAUGCGGAACUACUGCAAAGUCAGCAGCCCCAAAUCACCUCUAAAGGCUGGUUCCAAGACAGAUAUGGGCUUUGUUCUUGUGUCCAAGCCCACCUACUCUUUCACUGUCAGUAUCUACAGGCCAUCCUUUAGCUUUCGCAGGGCCUACAGAAGUUUCCCACAGAUUGUUGUUCCCUUUGAAGAACAGGCGCCAGUUCUCUACGGUGCUACGCGCAAGUAUGCAGAUAAACGGUAA